CAUUUUGGACACAUCUGUUGCUCGUUCCCCUCGAUUCCUGUCCGUCGCCGCUCGCCACUGCUGCAAUGCCUGUUCCUGUGCCACUGGAACCAGCGAACGAGGGGGAAAUGGAAUCAGGUGACGAAGUUGGUGAUGGUGCGGAAGAUGACCUUGUGGAUACGUUCUGUCAACAGCUCGACACCAGGACAUUCCAGGAACGCAUGCUCACACAUGUCAAGAUCCGUGAUUUCUGUGAUGGCCUUGAGUAUCAAAUUCAAUUUAAUGACUAUAGAAUGCUUACCGUUCUCGAACGCAAUGGCUCAUCAUUUCUCCGUCUGGCAGAUAAUUGUCUCAGUCGUGAACGACGAGAAAACUCGUCUCGAUCGCGGAGCCCAACAACCUGGGAAAAGGGACCGCCAGCGCAAUGUUUUAUCGUGCUCGUUCAACCACUUAAUCCCUCUAGCUUAGUACAACAAUUUCUCGUUUCCGCAGUGAUUAUUAAUGCCAUUUCACUGUCUCCCAAUGAGCGCAUCCUCGCAGGUACACCACUGGUCGGAAAGACAGCAUAUUUAUGGAACCUCGAAACCGAUCAACUUAUGAAAACACCAGAUCACCCUGAAAACUUUGCUCAGCCUACCUUUUCUGCAGAUGGAAAGUUCCUUGUCACUAGCUGCGAAGACGGCCACCUAUACACAUGGGAUGUUUCCGCUAUCGUCAAAGAAGCUGGCCUUCCAGUAGAUAUUCUUGAUGCUCCACCACAACCAGCAGUAAAGAAAGAAAGGUGCUUCUCAUAUACCCCCAGGGUCUUUGACGAUGACAUACGCAAGGCUAAUGAGCACAUUCGUCUAUCCCAAUCCCAUGGACCAUAUCACCACCCCACGCCAGCACCACGUCAACGCACCUUCAGUCGCUUUCCUUCGUUAUGGCAUGACUCAAAUUUGCACGGGGAAACUGAACACCGUACGCGACCUCAGUCCCACCCUCUUAGCUGGACUCGAAAGCUGGUGUCUAGUAUACUAAACAGACGAGAUGGUUUGGACAUCCAGUUGCAAGAGGUCGAGGUCCCCUACACAGCGGGAAAGCCUAGGAACCAUCAUGCAAGAAAGAAGAAGCCAACUACCAGCUCAUCUCAACCUUCUAAUACUCAUACCACGCAACAACCUAGCACGUCAUCACAACAGCCGCCCCCAACGGCCGCUGCCUCGACACUUUCCGCCGUCACUGGUACCACUGGGGCAACGGGAACACCCUCACAUCCUCAUAUCACAAAUAUCAGAUGGUCCACUCGUUUCGUGGCCUGGAUUGCUGCGCAUCUGUUCAGAACGCAGACGGUCACCAUUAGUCAAGCGACAUUUUGGCUUCUGUAUUCAGUUCGUGUUUUUUGUUGUUUCAUCUAUAGCUAAUUCUUCACAACUCCCACCGUCGUCCUGUACUUCCACAAGUGCGUAGGUAGGGUAGGGUACCAAUAUCCACAGGUGCUGAAUUAUACGUGUAUGCAAAGUUUGAAAUAGAUAACGCUAGGAUCGAGUAUUUCCGAGGUGCUAUGCAAUAAAAGACUACUUCAUCACCUUGCGCUGCGACAU